UCCUCUUGUGAAAACGUUUAGCAUGUCAGUUUUACACCAUUGGCUCCUAUAGUUCAAAAUCUAAAGAAAUAUUUCCGUAAAUUUAUUUCUAUCUAACAAACUAAGUGUCUACAGUAGACUCCAAGUUUCACUGAAUUUAGCGAAUAUAAAAGCAACCCAGGUUCUUCACGCAGGUAAGUAAGAUUUCUUUGAAUGUUGCAGAACUACUCCAGACUACAUGAGGAAGAGAGAAUGGUAAAUUUCCAUUCUGUUUUCAGUAUGAUAAAUACUGAUCAGACCACUUCCUCCAAAACUGUUAAUUAUAACCUGAGCACACAGAAGUGCUAUGUGUCACGGCAUAUUCAAAGAUACAUUUUAAAUGUGUUCUUCUGAGCUUGUGUACCUAGUUUAAAUUAUUCUCAGUGUAGUAUGUGUUUGGACAGUGUAGUACCAUGUAUAUUUAAUGUUUACGGCACCUGUGGUGAUGAUGGAAGAAAAUUCUCCUUUACAAGAAGAAAAGAGGGAAUGUGGACAUGUUAUGGCAAUGGAUUCAGACUCUCAGCUGCUCAGCCUGAGGACUGAUGAUAAAAUGACACAUCCUCUGAACACUGAGCAACUAGUGGAGACAUCAUUUGAUACUGCUGCAGGCAUCAGUGCCUCCUGUCUCACUACAGCAGAGCUUCAGCAGCAUUGGAGGGCAGUGAAACAAGAGAUUAGGUCUGUCAAAGUGCUCUUUCAGAUCCCAUCCGCCCGUACUAUAGAACACACAAUCUCCAGAUACGUGGUGUAUCAGAUAAUAGUGAUCAGAUCAGGCAGUUAUGAUCUUAAGCAUGUGGCCAUUGAGCGCCGCUACUCUGAUUUCCUCCACCUGCACCAUGAGCUGCUUCAGGACUUCAAUGAGGAGCUUGAGGAUGUCACCUUGCCUAAGAAGAGGCUGAUGGGCAAUUUCUCAGAAGAAAACAUCACUGAACGGCGUGUGACUCUCUGUGACUACUUGACCCAGCUGUACUCUCGGCGCUACAUUCGUCGCUCACCUGCUUUCAUAGCGUUCUUCACUCACCCUGAGCUGAAGACUGCCUACGAUCUAUUGCGUGGGGGCCGUUAUUCUCACGCCCUGGAGGUCCUGCAGAAUGCACUAGUACUCCAGGAGAAAUUGUGUUCUCAUGAUUCAUCCCUGCUUGUGCCAACACUGUGUGCAAUGUUGGUGUGCCAGAGGGACCUGGAUGAUUUCCAUGCAGCUUUCCAGACUGGAAACAGGGCACUGCCAGCAGUAAGGCGCUAUGGCCUGUGCAGGUAUCGUAGCCCACUGCUGGAGGCCAUGGUGGAUCUGGGGUACAAAUUACAGCACCCUGUGGCUCAGUUGCAAGAGGAGCUGAUCAGAGUUCAAAACUCACCACAUGGACCAGAGCCUAAGAUGUCACUAAAACAGCUUGUGGUGCAAGAGUUUACAUGAACCCAUAUUUUAUUAAAAGGUUCCUAUAAUCCCACAAAGAUGGGUAAAACUUUAUUAAAUUGUUUUCAACACACCGACCUUGUGUAGUACUGAGCCAGUGUUUGACAGUGUGUGUGUGCGUCACAUUAUGUGAUUAUUAUGUGAUUUAUAUAUAGGCAACAGGACAUGUACCGUAUAGCUGGAGUGGAGCUUUACUAAGUGAAAAGUUUUUAAUAUGCUGUUAGAACAACAGUUGUGUUUUCUAAUCACUGAAGUACACAAGUCAUUCCUACAAUAUGCUGUUUUGGGUUUUUUUUGUUUUUUUGCUGUUGUAUUUUUUUUUUUAUCAUAGCUUUAAUCUAGGGCAGCACGGUGGUGUAGUGUUUAGCGCUGUUGCCUCACAGCAAGAAGAUCCUGGUUCAAGCCCCGUGGCCGGCGAGGGCCUUUCUGUGCGGAGUUUGCAUGUUCUCCCCAUGUCUGCGUGGGUUUCCUCCGGGUGCUCUGGUUUCCCCCACAGUCCAAAGACAUGCAGGUUAGGUUAACUGGUGACUCUAAAU